AUGACAAACAAACAUUCUAAUCAAAAUUCAAUGGUUCAAAAAAUUCAAUCAAGCGAUAGUUUACGACAAAAGAAAAAAAAUGAAUCAUUAUCGAACUUAGAAGAGAUUAUUUCAUCAUCAGGAAACAUGGAAAGGACAUUAGAAGAUUUGUAUUAUGUUUUUUCUGGUACACCAGGUGGAUCCCUUGUUUUAAAGCAAUCUUUGGAUGAGGAUAAGAAAAAUUCUAAAAAUGCAUCCACUAUUUCCUUAAAACUUCAAAAAAAAACGUAUAAUUCAUUAGCAGCACUUGAAAGCGAUCUUUAUACAGCCGUUACAUUAUUAUUGAACAAUAUUCGCCCUACAGAUACAGAUUAUGCAUUGGUAUCAUCUUUUUAUACAUUUUCUCGAAAGCUUUUAAUACGCGAACAAAAACACAGUAUAACACAGGCGCUUGGUAGCGAUGCCAAGAAAUACACGCAAGAUUCAUUUCCAUUUAGAUCACCUAGCAAUGAAUGUCUUUUUGUUAUCAGUCCAAAUGGCCCACUAUUUUCUUCAUUAGCAGCUAAAUCUGUUUUUGAUACUAGACCCAUUAAUACAGAAGGACGUGCAUAUAUUACACAAGUUAUUCCGAAUUAUUCUGCAUCAACUAAAUCUAUUCAAACGUUUGCUAAUAUAUGCCCCGCUUCAAGUCAAUCUGAAUCAUCUGCUUUAAAAAAGCGAAAACUCAAACAUCCUACUUUGAAACUUAUACCUUCUGUAAAAUGGUUAUAUUAUAAUAGUUAUAGCUCAUAUGCACCAACAAAGGAUAUGGAAACUGCUAUUUUUUCUGAAAAACAUCUUAAUGCAGUAUGGUGGAAGCGUAAAAAUGAAAAACUUUCCAUGAAACAAAAAAAAGAAAAAGAUAUAGAAAAAGAUGCUACUAAACAAUCUGAUAUUGAUCAGCCAAGCACUUUAGAACUAGACGAAAAGCUUAUUCUUUCAUAUGAGCCUAUAAAUAUCUCAGAUGAAUUAAAAGCUUCUAAGUUAUAUAAAGAAUAUAAUGACGUCAAUAUAAAUGAAAUUGGAAAAUUAAUUCAAACACUUUCUGAAAUGCAGUCUUUAAGAAUUGCGCGUUCUCAAACGGAGGAGCCGGGAGAAUUAGAAGAACAAUUAGCCUUCCAUAUUCAGCAACUUCUUCUUAAGCAAAUUGUCUCAUUUAAUCUUCAGCCUAGAGAACUUCUUCCAAAGCCAUUGUCAUUAUCUAUGUCUUUUCUUGUUCUUGGCCCAUCUUAUACUGGGACAUUACCAAAUGUGCCACUCAUGUCUUCAGCUGAAGAAUUUCGAAAUCAACAUGGAUCUUAUUCUGAACUUCAAAACUAUACUAGAAAUGAAGGUUCAUAUAACCAAAAUUCACAAAAGAUAUCAAAUAUUCCUAUAACUUUACCAUCACUUAUACGCAAUGAUUCAUAUCGAUCAUUUCUGAAUUCUUCACUUUCUGCAUAUAGAAAAAUAGGAAAUCGCACUAAAAAAUAA